GUCGUGGUGUGGAGUAAAUGCAUCAAAGAAGUCGUGGUUCUUACAGUUAUAUUGUGAUCAAAAAUGUAUAAAAUUAUAUUAACAAUCCUUUGUUUAACUUACGUAACGGCUUUAGAAAGAGUUAACAAUCAGCUCGUUAUUAAAAAUGUAGAGAGAUCCAUUGAUUUAACUUCACAGUUAGUUAAAAUUGCGGCAACCAUAACCCUGGAAAAUACCGGCAAAGACACUGUACGCAAUUUUCUAAUUGUUCAAGAACCAAAUAUUGUAGGAGCCGUUGCAUAUUUAAGUGCGAAAGAUUCAUUAAAAGACGAUCUAAAGAUUAUACCUGUAGGAGUGGAAAAUGAAAGUGGUAAAUCAUUUCGUAAUGUUUUAUUGAAGCAGCCAUUAGACUCAGGCCGAACAACUACAGUGGUACUAGAGGAAGUGUUAACUCAAAGUUUGGUGCCAUAUCCAAGCAGUAUUAGCCAAAAGGAGAAGCAGCUUGUUCGUUACUUUGGUAAUCAUUACUUUUACACACCUUAUGUUACUACAAAACAGAAAACCGAAAUCUCCCUUAGUUCAAGAACUGUGGAGAAUUACACUAAACUGAAACCAGUUGCUCAGUCAGAUUCUUCUUUAACGUAUGGUCCUUAUACUAAUAUAGCUCCAUUUACUGAAGAUCAAAUGAUUAUUCAUUUUGAAAAUAAUGCUCCAUUUCUGACUGUAACGAGAUUGGAACGUUUAAUUGAGAUAUCGCAUUGGGGAAAUAUUGCCAUCGAAGAAAACAUUGAAAUUCGCCACACAGGAGCUAAAUUGAAGGGACCGUUUUCUAGAUAUGACUAUCAAAGAGAUACUGGCAGUAAUCACCAUAGUAUUAAGUCUUACCGCACUAUUUUACCUGCAUCUGCCCAUAGCAUUUAUUAUAGAGAUAGUAAUGGUAAUAUCUCAACUUCUACAGUUAGACCAAGAAAAGACUGGAUUGAGUUAGAAUUAAGACCAAGAUUUCCUCUCUUCGGCGGUUGGAAAAGCUCAUAUACUUUGGGCUACAGUGUUCCAAGUUAUCAGUACUUGUUUAAGCAGCCUAGUGGAGAGUAUGUACUGAUUAUGAGAUUAAUUGAUCAUGUUUUUGACGACAUGUUUGUGGAAGAAUUAGAAUCUUCAAUUGUUUUGCCUGUUGGUGUAUCGAAUGUUAAAAUAAAUGCACCGUACGAAGUAGAAAGACUCUCUGAUGGCGUUACAUACAAAUACUUCGAUAAUAUUGGAAGAACAGUCAUAAGAUUGAGAAAAACAAAUUUGGUCGAGCAACAUAUUCAAGACAUUGAAGUUAUCUAUAACUGGACGCCUCACCUGCUACUUCAUGAACCCGUUUUAUUGUCAAUUGCCUUAUUUUUAUUGUUUAUUGUUGUUAUCAUUUAUGUAAGACUGGAUUUCUCGCUUACUAAACCAGAACAUAGUAAGAAAGACUAAUUUAACUUUUUUCAUAGUCUCAUUCCAUUGUUCAUUUUAUUUGUUUUUUAAAUAAAAUCCUUGGUAAUUAA